AUGGUUCAUGAGCUUUUCUUCGAAAUUGUUCGAGAAAAACAACACGUCUUUUGUGAUGCGAAGGAUUCAGCUCCAGUACUCGAACUGAAAAGAAUAGUUGAGGGUGUUCUGAAGAUUCCAGUUACCGAUCAGGUGCUUGUUCGUUUGUUAGAUGAUACUACAACUAAUUUCCAACCACUUGACGAUAAGAAAACAUUAGCGGAAAGUGGUUUCACCGUGAACAACGCAAAAGCUCAAACUCCGGCAAUGGUGGCAUUGAUGAUGAGAGGCGAAUCAGCACCGAUCAUUGAUGAGUUGUCUACACCUCCGCCUGUUCCCGAUGCCAUGAGAAAUGAACCUCACUCUCAAGAAUAA